CAUGUAGAUUUGGGAUGCUUCUCGUUGCAAGAAGAUAAGGUCUAUGGAGGGUCAUCGGUUACGUGUUGGAGCCUUGGCCUGGAGUUCAUCUCUUUUGUCUUCUGGCGGCAGGGAUAAGAAUAUUUAUCAAAGAGAUAUCCGUGCACAAGACGAUUUUGUCAGUAAACUGUCAAGGCACAAAUCAAAGGUUUGUGGACUGAAGUGGUCUUAUGAUAACCGUGAGUUGGCAUCUGGAGGAAAUGACAACAGAUUGUUUGUAUGGAAUCAACACUCAACUCAAAAUCCAGUUCUGGCGGUUUGCAAUCUCGUGUGGUCUAAAAAUAUCAACGAACUAGUAAGCACACAUGGUUACUCCCAGAUCCAGAUAAUUGUUUGGAGAUACCCCACAAUGUCAAAGCUGGCCACUCUUACUGGCCACACAUACAGAGUUCUCUAUCUUGCCAUUUCUCCAGAUGGACAGACUAUUGUAACUAGAGCUGGAGAUGAAACACUUAGGUUCUGGAAUGUAUUCCCAUCCCCUAAAUCACAGGUGGCUUUGAAGAAACACUCUGGCGUUAUCCAUGUGUUGUGUGUCCAUAGUAUAUACAAAACAGCAUCAUAAUAGGAGCCAUUGAAUCGCACGGUUAUACAUGUAUAUAUAGGUUUCUCUUUCCUGAAUCCCUUGACGUAACGCACGAUUUCCCCUCGGUUCUCUAUUGUGUCUUGUAAUAUUAUGUAAUCUCAUCACCCGCGUACGUUCACCCUCGUCUCAUGGCUCCGCUUUCGUAUUCCUGAUCAUUCUUCAUCCAUCUUCUUCUUUUUCUUUUCCUUGCGAGGGUCAUGGAAUCGAAGAACAAACCCAAGAGGUCCUUAUUCACGUGUCUCAAACCAGCCACGUGUCUCAUGGAUGUGUUGCCUUCAUCACCCCCUGCGCCCAAACGCAGCGCCAGGGAUCCCUUUCUCUCCUAUCUCGCCGUCGCUGACAAGCACGGCGCCGUUUUGCCCGCCAUGCUUUCCUCCAUGUUCGGAGUCGGAGAUAUGUUUCAAAUUCGCCGGAGAAAGUGGAAGGCCAUCAGAUCUGCUUUGAACGAAACCUCUUUGAUGAGGUUGGUUGUUAAAAGAAGGAAAGCAAAUAAGAACAGAUUAUCCUUGUCAUCAACAUCAGUGCACAAAGAAAACACUGAAAAGAUCUCAGCCCCUAAACCUAAUAAAAGCGGUUACGGAACUUGUUCAAACGUUGCAUCCCCUAUUUGCUCUUCAUCUUCACGCGCCUCUUAUCGUCUAACCUCCUCCGUUUCUUCACUGAGCACCGGUCACGUUUCGAGGUUUUCCGCUCCGCAAGCACUGCCAUCACCAAAUGUUGUGGCGAAGCCGAAGCAACGUGGCAUCGAUCAAGAUAAGAAAGUAGUCUAUGAUUCAAACAUGGCUCUGUGUUUUGUGCUUUCAUUUAUUCUGUUGAUUUUGAUGGUGUGGGGAAAAUUUAUUGCUAUACUAUUCACUUCGUUGUGGUUGUAUCUUGUGCCUCGUUGUGGAAGAAGAGCGAGAUGCAACCAGGGUGAUUUGUGUGAGGGGAGUGAGUUAGAGAUGGCUAAAAGUAAUAGUACUAAGAAGAAGGUUGUUAUCUAUGGAAUAGGUGAUUAGGAUUGUGAGGAGCCAUAGUUAUCUCUCUCUUACCUUCUUCAGGCUCGAUCUCUUCGAAGUUUCGAAGUCAGAUAGGGGUGGGGGGUAUGGUAAUGUUUAUUCGUGGGAUAUGGGAAAACCUUGUUCAUG